CUUCUGACAUACCUGUUCUCCAAAGAGAACACCAUCUGGGACUCUUCCUUGGACCAGGUGUGUCCCGAUAACAUGAACAACCCCCUGUCUCACUACUGGAUCUCUUCUUCGCACAAUACCUACCUGACGGGAGACCAGUUUUCCAGUGAGUCCUCCCUGGAGGCAUACGCGCGCUGUCUGAGGAUGGGCUGCCGCUGUAUUGAAUUGGACUGCUGGGAUGGUCCAGAUGGAAUGCCAGUAAUCUACCACGGACACACCCUCACAACGAAAAUCAAGUUUUGUGAUGUCUUGACCACCAUCAAAGAGCACGCCUUCGUAACGUCCGACUAUCCUAUCAUCCUGUCCAUCGAGGACCACUGCAGUAUUGUGCAGCAGAGGAAUAUGGCGACUCAAUUUAAGAAGGUGUUUGUAGACAUGCUGCUGACCAAAGCAGUGGAUAUCGCUGCAGAUGGUCUGCCGUCACCCAACCAGCUCAAGAGGAAGAUCCUCAUCAAGCACAAGAAGCUUGCAGAAGGCAGUGCCUACGAGGAGGUGUCCACUUCCACUCCCUACUCAGAGAACGACAUCAGCAACUCCAUCAAAAAUGGCAUCCUGUACCUGGAAGACCCCAUUAAUCAUGAGUGGUACCCUCAUUUCUUUGUCCUGACCAGCAGUAAAAUCUACUACUCAGAGGAGACCUCGAGUAACCAGGGUAAUGAUGAUGAAGAAGAGCACAGAGAGGUGUCCAACGGUAUGGACCAGCACGUGACAGAGAAAUGGUUCCACGGGAAGCUGGGUGCAGGGCGGGACGGGCGGCAGAUAGCUGAGAGGUUACUGUCCGAGUACUGCCUGGAGACCGGAGCUCCUGAUGGCUCCUUCCUGGUCCGAGAGAGUGAGACCUUUGUGGAGACUACACGCUGUCUUUCUGAAAAGAUCUGUGAGACAAUGUCCAAAUAUUUCUUGGAGUUGGAGACCACACCUGGGAAGUCUCGGAAAACCCGCAGACAGAGAAGGCACAAGAAAUUCCAAAAGACAGUGAUGACACCACCAACCAGCACUGAGCCAGAGUUACCGCUAGGUUUCAAGUCCCAGAAAGCAAAGGAGAAGGAGCCGGAAGCUGAGUUGGACAUCAUAAGUGAUGAGAAUAUCCUGCAAAAUGGCAUCCUCCAAGAGUCAGCGUUGCAGCUCGUGGUUCCCCAAGCAGCUAGAAACGCCAUACUUGCCUUGGGGGCACUCAGUUCCCUCGGCUGGCCACCUGGGCCCACAAAACCACAGCUCGCAUUAAAAACCAUUUCCACUGGCCUGGCCUGCGCAGACAUGUUGCUCAUGUUUAUGAGAGAGCGACUGGAGAAAAUGGGUGAGCUGGCCCAAUCGCACGUGGCGGACGCCCAGCAGCAACAGAAGUCCUGGUUCGACAAGCCAGCCAGGCAGAGAUUCUUCAACCCUGGACAGAAAGUGCUGGGACUUCAGGAUGAUCGGCAUCCAGUCGCCUACAUCAGCCGGAAACUGUUCCCCAGAGAGGUUCAAUAUUUGACGGUGGAGAAGGAGGCACUCGCUAUCAAGUGGGCCCUUGAUUCCUUCCGGUACUACCUUCUUGGUCGAGAGUUCACCUUGGAGACGGAUCACAAGGCCCGUUUGUCCCCCACAAGAGAAUCCUUCUCACCAGGGGAGGAAACGUUGGGAGGAGAGCGAGGAGGAGAGGAGAGGUCGGAUUCGAACCACACGCCUCUGAUUCUGUAA